AUGGAUUCAGACGCCAUUUUGAUAAUUCCCGCCUUCCAAAGCAUCAUGGAAGUAAAUGCUGCUAAGCACCAUGGGAAAUUCAAUAUGGCGGAAGACACGUUAAGACAGUCUUGCCAAAGUGGUAAAGAUUCCUACCUUUUUGAUUUGGCCGGAGACAAUGUUAAAUGGAAAACAAUAUCUCUCACUCACGUGGAAUAUCCAGAAGGUAAUAACAUAAUUUUUUGGACCUCUGUCGUCUUUUUUUAGCACCAUCAACCCGCUAUUGGAUUUGCUGCAAGCAUGUUAAGUUUUUACCUCAGAUGUGGUACGGUUAUAUAAGCCCACAAGGUAAAACCAGCUCAUGUCAUUUUUCCUUAUACGUUACAGGAGAUAUUACGGGGAAGAUCUUGGCAUGGUGUAGUCUGCUUCCUAUAUUUAUCGUGGUUGGUUUUAUUACUUUAAUAAUUUUCCGACGUGAAGUUCACACGGUAGGUUGGUUUAUUUUCAAUGUAUGGACUGUGAUUGAAAUCCGGAAGAGAGGUCGUCUUCGAUAGAAGAUGUAAUUUUACGUCACUAGUUACAGUGUUUUACUCCUAGAAUUACAGCUCAUGAGUAUUAACCGGUUCAAUACCCAUUUUUUAGCCUAGAAGGUACAUGUAUCUUACUCGUGUGCCUUGCAGUAAUAUAUCCCCUAUCAACAAAUUCUUGUCUGUCAUAGGGUAACAUUUCUUGACAAUGUCACUCAUCUGUGUGACACACAUCAUUACUAUAUAUGAUUUCCUGUAAAUCUUAUGUGAAGACAUAAAGGGAGAGGAGAGAUAUUUACUAUUUUUUAAGUCAAGUGGAAGUCUUGUUGAAGAUGUAAAUCCUUGCAAAUCAUGAUGUUUCAACUUUGGAGGUUUUGUUAGAUAAGCUACACUGAUCCAUCUCACAGGUUAGCCAAGUAAUAUAAAUAACUAAAAUCUGAAAUGAGCCAAGCAUCCUGUACAAAGCUUGCAUCUGUAAUAUCAAAGGCAGAUGGUUGAGAGCUAUAUGUACCACUGUAAUGAUAUAAUAAGAAAACUAAUAUCAGGUGAGGCCUAGUGGUUGAUUAUUGAAAGAUGUGAGUUACUUUGGACUUUAAAAUAUCUUGGUUUUCAACAAGGAUUAAAAUUCUAUGCACACCAGAUAUUGUGAGAAGCUUCAAAGAAUGUCUGGUUUUAAUUUUUUUUGCAUGCACCAAAUGUGCGUGUUUGCAAAUAGUUAUGACUCAUUUUAAGUAAAUUAUAUCAGUCUAUUUUCCCUGUAUUAUUAUGUGUAUGUAUUUACUUACAGUCUUUCUUUGCAUUGACAGAGAGGGUUCUUCUGUUGCAGAUGACAUUCUUUGGAGGAAUUUUAAUGAAUGAACUUGUUAACAUGGUGGUGAAACACUCUUUGGCAUAUCCUAGACUAUGUGGGGGUCAUGUGUUUGCACAUUCUGGAAGUGCAAUGCCAUCAGAUCAUGCUCAGUUUAUGGCUUUCUUUGCUGUGUAUUCUGUCCUGUUUAUAUAUGUAAGGUAAGCAAACACUCAGGGUCUAAUGAAAAUAGAUAAAGGAGUAAGUUUCUAAAGAAACUGUGGUGCUGCGUCGGUGGGAGAGUAUAGCAGGUAAUUUAGUGUUAACAACUGAGUUGAGUUGUAAAUUAGCAACCAUAAAGGGUAAAAAAGCUGACAUAAAGGGUAAAAAACCUGACAUUUCGAGUGUUAGCCCUCGAAGCAUUAGCCCUUCACAAUAAACAGAUAAUAUGCUCCAAAAUGAAAUGUGCAGUGGGAAACUAGACACUGCUAUCCACAUACGCAUAAAUGGUGCUAGUCCUACAAGGAAACAGCAGCUACAUGUAACUGCAAGAAAACUAGUGCAGGUCUGACCUUAAGAAAACUAUCCAUAAGAGAGAGAGAGUUGCAAAAAAUAUAGAAAACACAAGUUUCUAUCAGGUAAAUAUUAAUCCCUGUCUCUAGGAAUAUCUUUAUCAAAGCCUUGCCAGUAAUACCUCAUUUUAUUGACAAACAAGUAAAAAUUCAUUUGUCUAUUUUCAGGCUUCUGCAUUUUUCUCAAGCAACCACAGUAUGGGAUGAUUUAAUAGACAACUUAUGGCGGCAUGUACUAGCAGUUGGUGUUGUAUUGGCUGCUGUUGCUGUUGGAUUUAGUAGGUUGGUGACAGUAUGUUGGUCACUUCAAAGAGGUUGCUAUUACUGUCAGAAAUCUCUGACAGUAAUUUUUUCUUAACAAUGAUGAAGAGUAUUGAUUUUUGAUAAAACAUUAAAACUACUCAUACAGUGUACCCCACUUAUCUCAGUGUCUUCAGCUUUAACUCUUUACACCCUAACAUCAGAGUGCAUAUUCUCCAUACUGUCCUCUAUAAAUUUCCAACAUGUAAGGUUCUGACCAGGAGAAUUUGUUUCAAAAUCAAGAGCUUCUUCAGUUGGUGAUCAUUUCCUUCAUUCUUGUGACCUUAAUGUAGAAUUUUGGGGAGAUAUUGUAGGGAGAAAUUAGAUGCUGGAUCUUUAUUAGGGGUCAAAGGGUUAAGUAAUUGGGGGUCUUGCUACUCUCCUUAGAUAAGAUGCUUGUCACUGCAGGUUCCCCCCCUUCUCCCCUCAGGAGGGCUCUUGUGAAAAGCCAGUCACUGCUUAUUUUUCUUGGCUGUUCAAAAGAACAUUAUCUGAUAUUUCACAAAUACUUACCAAAACAAUUAGCAAAUGGAUGUUUUUUUGUUCAAAUAUGACAAUUCAUUGCAUUCAGUUUAAAAUCUUGCUUGUCAGCUACCAACCUCAUACCCUGGAAACUUGAGGACAUGACACCUAAGGACACAACACAAUGUCCCACCAAGGACUCAGUGGUAGAGCUUUUGCUCCAGAGCUCCACCUACACUGCCAGACUGUCUCCAGGAUAAAUGUAAUGCUCAAGUGAUAAAAUGUUAAUGGAUACUUAAGUUUGCAGUUUUUUUUUUAUUUUACAGAAUAUACCUCAGAUAUCACACCCCACAGCAAGUGGGUUAUGGCCUUCUGCUAGGAUGUGGACUUGGCAUUGCUUGGUUUCUUUUCACACAGACAGUUCUCACACCAAUCUUUCCAACUGUAACAACCUGGUAAGUGACAAUUAUAUAAUAUUAAGUACAUGACUUGUACAUGUAGCCUUUUACAUGUAAUUGCAAAAGUUGAUUCACAAUCUCUUUGAACUUCUGAUCUAUAGAACAAAUUCUUGUACACAUUUUGUUUCCUGGUAUUAAGAUGGAGCUACAACACAUGCAAUGUUGAAUACAGUUGAACUUGGUAACUUGAACUGCCAACUUUGUGUUAUCACAGGUUUUGAGUUAUAGGGGUUUUGAACAAAAAGACCAGAAACACUUGAUUAAAGAGGUUUUAUCCUUAUACAUGUUUUAUUUUAAGAUUUCUAGCAAUGUAAGAGCAUAACACAACAAAACAAAAUGAAAGAAAUCAAUACAAAACCAUGAAAACCACAAACACUCUAAAGUAGCUGCUCUUCAGAAUGUUUGGCACUCAAUCUCAUUUUAACAUUUGUUGAAAAAUCUAUUCAGACACAUGCUUGAUAUGAAAAAUAGUCUUCCAGUGCAAAAUAUUAUGGCUCAUUAGUCUGCAAAAGUGAAAACCAACUUCAAGUUAUCAAGGGUAAAAUAACAAAGAAAAGUUCAUGAAGGAAAGUGAAAAUCACUUCGAGUUACCAGGGUUUUGAGUUAUUGAGGUUUUGAGUUAUAGGGGUUAAAAUUACAGUAAAUAUACUAUAUGAGGCAAAUCUAAGGGAAAUCAGUCUUGCUUCAAGUCAGCAGGGAAUUCAAGUUACUGAGGGUUCAAGUUAUCGGCAUUCAACUGUACUAAGAUUCUGGCCAUGGAAAGGAUGUAAUGAUCUUUACAGAUUCGUCUACUUACAUGUAAAGUAGAUUUCAAAUGAUAAGGGGAAAUUGUAGUCCAAUAGUUCUAUAAUUGAUUUGAUUACCUGCAUAGUACAUGUAUAUAAGUACAAUUAUACAUUUAGCUUAGUUUUAGUGGGCCACAAUAUAACCAAGAGAGACAUGGUCUCAGAGUGUUUGCUGUUUGUUAUACAACUCAUUUUUAACAGGCCUAUCAGUGAAUACUUAAUGAUCCGUGAUUCAACGCUAAUCCCAUCAGUCAUGUGGUUUGAAUAUACACAGUCAAGAACAGAAAUGAAGUAAGUGUAAUUUAUGCACAUUACAACCAUGGUUCAAAAUCCGUAAAAUUUACUAGGUGUUUGUGACUUUUGAUGCAACACUAGUCAGAGGUCUCUAUCUUUUGAUCAGAGUAUAAAUAAUUGUUAAAUGAUGAGUAGUAGCUUUAUUCUAUUUUGAUGAGUAAAAUGUAUUUUUCUUUGUCUAAACAAUAAGAUUCUGAUUGAGCUGAUUGUUCCUGAGUUGAAGCAGUCACUUAGAGGGUACAGUGUACAUGUGCCUCUCUGCCCUAAAACAAAAUAUGCAUCUUAUGCACCAAUCAAUUUGAAGCUUCAACAUUCUUCCCUUCCCCUUGGACAACCCACGGGAAUUUUACUGUUUUCCAUGACCUAGGAGUGGGGAAUUUGAACCUUGCAUGGGUGGGGUGGGGGGGGGGGAUUUGAACCAGUGGAAUACGUGACUUUUGAUUUUACAACAUUUGUUGAUCACACAAAGAAUUGUUUAUAAAAAAUUGUGCUUGACUGGGGCAUUUGAAUGCAAUUUUGGCCCAUUGUGGGCAGGAAUUUCAACAAACCUAUCUUCAAAAGUUUAAAUGCUGUGGGGGUUGCUUGUGGGAGGGAUGUUACAGCUUCAAAUUAAUUGAUGCAUUACAAUCUAGACUUGAAACCUGUACUAUUGCAGUCUAUCCUUUGUUGCUACAGUAGCCUUUGUUAAAGUGAAUUUGCUGCACAACAGUAAAUAUGAACACUUAACACAUAUUUUUUCUGUUUCUUUUCUUUAUUAGAAAACGACAAAGGAGAGGCUCACACAACAAUUAUUUUAAGUCUCAUACUUCUUGAAAAGAAAGAUGAGGUCUGUGCAAGGUUGUGCUUGGCAAAACAUAAAUUGAUCUUUUGAUCGAUUAUCAGAACUUAUCAAUCUUCAGUAAAUCCUAAUUACUGAUUAAUUAAGAUUAAUUAGGAUAUUUACAAGUAACCAGCCUUAAAUUAAAAGCAAAACUGUCGAAGUUUGCAUCCUCUUUCCUUGACAGAUUUUGUUCCUGAUGCUAAAUGCUUUUAGUAAUCUUUCCAAAGGAAACUGGGGGUAUAAAGUAGAAGAACUAUUGACAGACUUCUAGAGCAAACAUGCAGUGGAGAUAUUGAUUGCAAAAAAGAUGCUUAUCUGACAGAAUUUUAACCCAUUUGUAUCAGCCUCUUCAUCGCAAUUUUGUCAAGCCUUCUUUGUAACAUGCUUUCUUUUGGAAGGCUGUGCUAGUGUGCUUAUCUUUCCAAUUGUCUGGUACCCUGCCUUUUUAAGGCACUUACUAAAUGGAGAGAAAAGAAAAGACAGGUGAAGUGAGAAAAAAAGGUGGGAGAUUGAGGAGCAUUUUCCUUUACCAAAUCCCCUUCAACUUUCACUCUUUUUCAUUUUCUGCUUUCAUGCCUGUCUACAUCUGACCAAUAGUCAACUACAGGCUUUUUAAUCACUGGCAGUUUUUCAAAGAAUUUUUCUGUUCUUGUGUAAUUCAACGAGACAAGUUAUAAACAACUAAUGUUGUUUUUUUUCUUUAUUUCUGUCGCGUAGAAUAGUAAUGCACUGAGGUGUGGAUGAUUUAUUCAGUAGUUAAUACCGUCAUUUGAAUAGAGACAGAGAGAAUAGUAAAAUUAUAUGGGAGGCCAAGGGAGGUAUUGGUCCUUUAAUUUUAAAUAACAGAAAGUAGAAAGAAUAUUUCCGAGGGACAAAAUUUGACAAUUUAUUUGGAGGGGGGAGUGUUUGGCUAAGUAUUUUGGGGAUAGCUAGGGUAGAUUAAUGAUUUUCAUAAGGAAUUUAAAGAAGAAGGAGUUGGUGUAACCCACAUGGUAUUGACAAUUUCGUUUUCUUAAUGCAAUUGGCCGGGAUUUUAUGUGACUUAUAUUUUACUGUAGAGGGAUUUUGGGUCCACUUUACAAAAAAUUGGUUUUCUUUUGAAGCGAUCGAUGUCUUUACAUGGACCUCCUUGUUGCCUUAAAUUGGAAGUAUCAACUUUCUCUGGAGGGGAUAAGUGGUCUCUUUGAGAAAAAUAUAUAUAUUUACUUUUUAUUUGCGUUGCAAAUAAGGAAUAGUUCUAUUUUUGAAGAAAAUAAGACGUACCAAACGCUUCAGUGAAAAUUGUAAGUAAGUUAAGAGCUUUGGGUAUUAUCAAGUUUUAUUUGAUUGGUUUUGUGAUGUUGGUAUGUCCUGCUGUUUUAAGGAUUUAUUGAAAUGUCUCGAAUUAACGUAAGUGGAUCAAUAUCAGUAUCUGGGUAACUACCCACCUACCCCUCCCCUAACCCAACAUUAACCCUAAGUUGUUAUCAAUUGACUGGUGUUGAGUUGGGGGGGGGGGGUAAGUGGGCAGUUGCCCAGAUACUGAUAUUGAUCCAUGUAAGUUAUAUUUUCUUGACUUCGAUUGUGCUUAUCUUCAGUGUUGAUGCAUU